GUAAAAAAACAAGUUUUUAAAAGAAAGGAGGAGUAAAAAAACUGAGCCCAGAAUAUUUUUUUUUAAUCUAGUAAUUGCGGGGUAGAAAGGUAAAUUUUGGAUUAAACUCUGGUCCAAAUACAUCGUCUUUUUACAAUAAGAUACAUUAUAAUAAUUUUGGAAACCAAAGUACCCUAAAAGUUAGGCAACAAAGAUCCAUUGAUUGGUUUCGAACGUAUAUAUUGGAUCUAAAAUACGCUUUCAACACAGAAAAAAACUGAGAGCUGCCCAAGCACUUCCUUCUGUAUAAUAUUUGGAUAAUAGUAAAAAGUCUCACCAUGCGUCUGUGGAUAAUAGUAUCAAUUGCCGUCGUAAUAUGUGCAGUUUGCAUAGACGCCGGGAAAAGCGACUCCGCUGAAAAAAAAGAAGAUUCCGGUUCAGCUGAUGAUAAACUCGCAUCCGAAUCAGCUGCUGAUGACGGUGAUGGCGGAAAUAAGCAAAAUGAAGAUGAUGCAAAAGCCGCACCCAGCCCAGUUGUUGGUGACGGAAAGAAAGGAGACGAAAACGAGGCAGAAACUUGCACGGCACCUAAGAGCCAGGAAUAUGAAGUGAAUAUCAAGGUGAGCGGAAAGAUUGGCCAUCUUGUCAAAGUCCUGAAAGCAAUAGAGAAAGCAGAACAACCGUCUAACAACUGCGGACAAAAUAAGCAGAAGUCAGGAAAACAAGGCUCCGACGAGGAGAAUAAAGAAGGUGAUGACGAUGCUGAAGGUGCUUCCAAAUUGCAAUCUGAAGGUUCAGGCAAAUCAUCUGUUUCAGCUCCUUCAAAUGGCUCAGGACAUGAUGAAGAUAAAGAUUCACCUGCAAGCCAAGAACAAAAGGUAAAUAGCCCGGCAUCUGAAAGUGAUGAAAAACCUGCGAGUGGUAAAGAUAAAAAGCGAAGAAGGAGAAGGAGGUAGACUGUUUUCAGAAAUACACUCAAAGGUAUAAGCGGCACUUAUUCUAAAACACAGUUUAAAACAAAUGUAGGAUAAUAACAGGAAGUUUCACACACAACUACUUCAUUAGAUUAGUGUUAUUCGGGAAAGAUAUUUUAACAACACAUAUUUGGCAAGAAAGUGACGAGCCGCAUACUUCUUUUAUAAAUCUUUCGAAAAUUGUGAGUUAGGACAAUUUCUGCAUAUUUUUUUUUCAGUCUAUUUUUAAUUAUUUUUACAAGCACACUUUUUCCCGUUUUCUUCACAAUCAUAAUCAAGAAAUCUUUGUCUUCAUUAUUUACUACUUUUUUCUGUUUGUUAUAAUAUUUUGUCAAUUUUCUUUUUUAAGCUUUUCGUGAAAAACAAAAUUUGAUGGUUAUUACAUAAGAUAAGAACCAUAACACUAAUAAAUAAUAAUAAUAAUAAUAAUAAUAAUAAUAAUAAUAAUAAUGAUAAUGAAAUCAAAUGACAGUAAAUAAAUUUUGGCAUCUUUCGCCGAUUAGUAUAAUGACAGUCGAAUUGAAAGAGUUUUUGAAUAUUUUAAUAAUUGUAAGACAGUUAUAUGAUAAAUCAUCAUCGUUAAGUAACCAUGUGUAAAAAUUGUAAUUAAAGUUUUUAGGUCGACUGUCUGGAAGAUAUGUCGACUGUCUUUAAGAUGUAAAACCGUUGUAAUGGUUAUACAUAUUCAACUGAUUCAACUCUACAGGAUUUUAUAAUUACAGAAAAUGAUUUGUAUUCAUUGCUUACAUAAACCGUAUGUACUGUUUCUUUGUAUGUUCUUUCCCUUUAUCUUUUCUUCUAAUAAAAUUUCUGAGAAAAAAAAG